ACUAAAAGAACUCCCCUUCAGCAUCAACAACCGUCCCUCAAUACUCACAACAUCUUGCACCCUCGCCGGCCGAGCCAUCGACCGCAUGCUCGCCGCACAUUCCGCGACCCGCUCCGGUCGAAAUCUCUCAACCCCGUCCUCUCUCAACCUCAAACACCAAACAACAAGCCCAAGAGCAUAAACUCAAAGGGGAAGAAAGCUGCUGAGCUCCCUAGCCCUGCCAGCAGCUCCCGACGCUACCUUCUGAGUGAAAGCAGCAACUCUGAGGAGUUCUUGGAGCCUGAAGUCUCGAGGUUUCGGUCCCCGAGGAUCGAAGAAUCGAGGUUUGUUGUGGUUCCGUCGAGGAUUCAGAGUGUGAAGGUCGAAGAAGCGAAGGAUGAAAAGCCUUCUUCUUCUUCUUCUGCUGCCGUUGUUAACAAGCCGAAAGAGGAACAGGUUGUGGUUUUGAGGGUGUCGUUGCACUGCAAGGGGUGUGAAGGGAAGGUGAGGAAGCACAUAUCCAAGAUGGAAGGGGUGAGGUCCUUCACCACGGACUUAGCGAACAAGAAGGUUACGGUGAUCGGAGACGUCACUCCUCUCGGCGUUCUGAACAGCAUUUCGAAGGUGAAGAACGCGCAGCUGUGGCCGUCGCAGACUAGAACGUCCUCUUAAGUUUUCAAACCAAUGUUGUUUUUUUGUCUGUAAAUAAAGUUCUUUCUUCGUCGAGAGACGUUAUGCAUGUCAUUUUCUGUAUUUUUAAUCAGUCAGAUGUUUCGGUUUGCUGUUUCGAAUAAUAAUGAACGAGAGCUUGGAAAGCA